CACUUGUUCAUUAUCGUCGUCAUCGUCAUCUUCCUUCUUUAAUUAACUAAUUGGUGUAUCUAAGCCCCCUUAGUGGAAGAAGACGUUUCCUCGUUUUUCAGCUGUUUGUAUCUUCUGACACACUUUGAAACACACACAAACACAUCUACAUCUCUCUCUUUCUUUGUAGCUCAUCAAAGCAGCCUGCCAGCAUCAAAAUCAUAUGAUUUUUAAAGCUGGAGGGUCAAAUCACUGAACUUCCCUGUUUUUAUCUAUACCCAGAUGAUGAUGGUGAUGAUAGAGUCAUAGACCACGUGCACACUCAGAUUUCCAUCACACCAGGAUUUAUUGUCUCACCACUCUACUGUUGUUACUGUAAAAAACCCCUACACUUUUUACAGUUGUCUUAGCAAAUGGGUUGAAUACCCUCCCAGUCAAACAGUGAUAUAAGGUGUGUCUGUCACUCUGUUUUGUAUAUAUACGGAGUCUUAUUCAUUCAAAGAUCGAUGGCGACCUACUUUUAUGGAAAUUCAGAAAUCCAAGGUGAUGGGUUACAGACGCUGAUUCUCAUGAAUCCUGGCUACGUUGGAUACUCUGACACUGAACCACCGCAGCCGCCACCAGGAAACUUCGUUUUCCUAAAUUCCGCCACAUCCGGGAACUCUCUCAACCCAACAAACUUACCUCACGCGCCGCCCCAUCACACCCAACAAUUGAUUGGCAUACCACUUCCGUCCACUGGUCCUGCCUCGUCCCAGGAUCAUCACCCUACAUCCGUCCAUUCCCACCACCAAAACAUCUCCUCCGCACUCCACGGUUUCAACCCGCGCUUCCAGUACAACAUAUACAACGCAAUUGACCCCACGGCGGAGCGUGAUGCAACACGCGCUCCGCAAGGACUGUCUCUGAGCCUCUCCUCGCAGCAGGGGUCGUACAGGGCCGAACGUGAAGUACCAUCUCAAUCCACCGUCCCCGCAAUUUCACCUACUAGAGGUGAUGAUAUGCGGGUUUCCGGCGGAUCGCCUUCUUCGGCUUCGGCUAUUUCCAACGGUGGUAGUGGCAUGCAGAGUGUACUGUUGAGUUCUAAGUACUUGAAGGCCGCACAAGAACUUCUUGAUGAAGUUGUUAAUGUCGGCAAGAGUGUGAAGUUUGAAUCCGGCAAGGGGACUAAUGGCCAGACUGCCAAGACAAUCGGAGAAUCCUUGGCUUCUGCGUCGUCGGUGGCCGUGACAGGAGAAGGACUGAGUGGUGGAGAGACAAAGUCUGAGCUUACAACGGCGGAGAGACAGGAAAUUCAGAUGAAGAAAGCAAAACUUCUCAACAUGCUUGAUGAGGUGGAGCAGAGGUACAGACAAUACCAUCACCAGAUGCAGAUUGUAAUCUCCUGGUUCGAACAAGUGGCUGGAACUGGCUCUGCAAAAACAUACACGGCUCUAGCAUUACAGACAAUUUCAAAGCAGUUUCGGUGCCUAAAAGACGCAAUAACAGGCCAAAUUCGAGCUGCAAGCAAGAGUUUAGGGGAAGAAGAUUGCUUGGGAGGUGGGAAGCUUGAAGGUUCUAGGCUCAAGUUUGUCGAUCAUCAGCUUCGGCAGCAAAGAGCUCUACAACAGCUGGGAAUGAUCCAGCACAAUGCAUGGAGACCCCAGAGAGGAUUGCCUGAGCGAGCUGUUUCUGUCCUUCGUGCUUGGCUUUUCGAGCACUUCCUCCAUCCUUAUCCCAAGGACUCGGACAAACACCUGCUCGCAAAACAAACAGGACUUACCAGGAGUCAGGUGUCUAAUUGGUUCAUAAAUGCUCGAGUUCGGCUUUGGAAGCCAAUGGUUGAAGAAAUGUACUCCGAGGAGAUGAAGGAUCAAGAACAGAAUGGAUCUGAGGAAAAAAGGAGCAAAAGCGAACAUAAGGAAGAUUCGUCAUCAAAGUCCAUUGCUCCGCAAGAGAAAAUUGCUGUGAUGGAAAAUCGAAACAAUAGUUUCAAGUCCAAACAAAACGAUCCCACAAACCAGAAUACUUCUCCAGUUUCAACAUCUCCCACAGGUGUAAAUUUUCGAAACCAGUCUGGUUUCACUCUUAUCAGGUCACCAGAAACAGAAGGCAUGGCACAAGGGAGUCCCAAGAAACCAAGGAACGCCGAAAUGUUGCAGUCCCCAAACAGUGUUCCGUCAAUGGGCAUGGAUAUCAAAGCCAGUGAGGCUAACAAUGAACAGAUGUCGAUGAAUUUUAGCAAUGAGAUGCAGAGCAGAGAUGGUUUUACUUUAAUGGGAACCCCAACAAACUUCAUUGGAGGAUUUGAGUCAUACCCUAUGGGGGAAAUUGGAAGAUUUAACGCUGAGCGAUUCCCAGGAACAUACUCCGGCAAUGGUGUUUCUCUUACCCUUGGUCUCCCACACUGCGAAAAUCUCUCUAUUUCAGGAGCCCAUCAAACUUUUCUCCCUAACCAAAACAUCCAACUGGGAAGGAGACUCGAAAUGGGCGAACCAAAUGAGUUUGGGACCCUAAACACUCCAACAUCUUCUCACUCAACAACCAUUUAUGACAUGCAGAAUCGGAAAAGUUUUGCAGCGCAGUUGUUGCCAGACUUUGUGGCCUGAUGAGUAAAACCAGGUAAUGGUGAAGAAAGAGGCAGAAAGGGAAACUGCAUUGUACUGCAACGAAAGAAGCAGAUUUACGUAGUAUAGGUCUAUACUUUGCUUAGAACCAUUGAGUUCUUAUUAGCAGUUUAGGAUUUUAAAACAUAUGUUUCAGGAUUGUAUAUUAUUUUUGUUUCUGAUAGAUGGAUUGUUGUAAUGAUUGUGAAACAUUAGUUACUUGGGUGGGGGUAUAGAAAUGAAUAUUGGUUUUAACUGAAUUUGUGUAAA